UCUAGUUUUCUUUAAACUCAAACUAUGUUUAGGAUGGAAGGACAUACUAAUAGCCAAAUUUUAGCUAACUAGAGGGAAUUAAACCUGGUUAAUUAUUAAGAAGUAGCAUUUUAAAGCAGACGCAAACACAUGCAGCUAGAAACAGUAGAAACUUCGACCACUUGAAUCAGUCACACCUCUGAGAAUAGAGAUUUGAAGAACCAAAAUAUGAAGCUCUAUCUAUCCGUUUUUCUAUUUGUCUCGUGCCAAUGUGUUGUAGAAGUUAUAAGUGGACAAACCUUGCAAAAGCGGCGACUGUUGAGCAAAAAAGUAGUGAGAAAAGUAUCGGUAAAAAGUAUACGAUCUUGCAUUGACGAAUGCCACCAAGAGCCUCGGUGCAAUAGCAUAAACUUCAAGCUUGUUGGUGACGUGAAUUGUGAGAUGAACGAAGAGGAUUCCUCGACAGUUGCACUGGUCCCUGAUGACUAUAACAUUUACUACACCAAGGACAAACAAAAAACGAAGCCACCCACACUCCCUCCCCCUGAGGUUAUCUACAGAUCAUGCGCAGAACUAAAAGCCGCCCGCCCGUCGACCCCGAGCGGAAAUUACGCCAUGCGCGUCAGAGGGUUUAGGAGAACCAUCUACUGUGACAUGGAAACAUCAGGAGGAGGAUGGUCACUCGUCGUGUCAAUCAGCGCCUCGAGCAGGAACCAUAUUCUCCGUCAUGCGCACAACUGCUUCAACAGCUCCUUGUGCGUGCCAAAGGAAACGGGAACUCUCCCUGUUCGCAAGCAUUCGGAUGAAGACAUUCGCGCCCUGGCUUUUUACGAAGGAACAUUUCGCCUAGAGGCCGCAGGUCGCCGAAUCAACUAUUACCGGAUAGUCGAAGGACCAGAUGCAUUUGAUGCGGGAUGCAACAAUGGAUUAAGGUGCCCUAGGAUUAUCGUCUCGUUCUCCUACCCUUAUGCGUGGGAGUCUAACUGUUUCGGUGUGGAAGAUGGGUUCUCGAUCAAUCGUGGCGACUGUUAUUUUGUGUUUGACAGUCACGAUUCUGGGGAGUGCAAUGGUGUGCAAUGGUUUGCAAGUCGUUACCAGACUGAUCGACUUCUAUACAACCACUGCGGCUCUAAUGGGUUCUAUCCCAACAUCCAGGGAUAUAUGUACGUGCGAUAGCCGAGCAAUUCACAAGGACAAACGAAUACUAGUAAAAUGGAAUAGAACACGCACGCAGGUCUUACUUACUUUAGAUGGAAUUCAUAAGAAAAGAAAAAAGUAUAAAGGAUAUUAGCUAAGUAAUUACUUUAAUGUAUCUUAAGAUUACAGCAUGCCUUCUAUCGAAUUUUUUUUUUCAUUUCAUUUCAUCAAACCUAGCAACAAAUAAGAUUAUCUUAUUCCCCAUAAUUAAGCUUUCCAAUGACAUAACAUGAGUAUAUUGUGGGUAUUCCUUGGUGUUACGGAGAGCUUUGUUUUUGGUGCUCAAGGCCCUUGUACUCUAUUUCAUUGUCUCGUUCUAAGGUCUUUGUUUUUGGCUUUUGUUCCAUUGUGUUUUUGGUGCUGGUGCUCCGUAACACCAAGAAACUACUCUUUCUCAUCAUCGCGUCUCUGAUUGAAGCCAAAGCUUAUAAAUAUUAUAAAACACUAGGGAAUACACAAAUACAAACAAGGAAAACGGUGUGAUUUUGCGAAAAGGAAUGUGAACUUGGAAGGCGAAAGCAUUCAAGAAACCCUGGCAUCUGAUAACGGGGGUGCGGGGGGAGGGGGGUGGGUAGAAGAGUGAAUUCUCUAAUGUUCAUAGCAGUUAUAGCUAUCAAAUGCCAUGGCGGUUUGGUCGGGUCUGUCUCGUGGAUAAAAGUUUGUUAAAUUCGGUAACAAGGGACGCAGUAGAUACCCUAGAUGACCAAAAAGAAAUCUAAGAAGUUCUAUGUAUGGUAUACAAAAUCCAAUGCUGGAAUUUCGUCCAAUUACGAAACCUGCAAAGCAAAUUACGUCGGUCAGCCAGGAGGGGGAAACCAAAGCUUUGGAAAUAAAGAAGACGCGCUGAUCUUUUUUAAAUUAAAAAUGAACGAGCUUGGACUUGAAGAUCAAUCCUGUUUAAACCUGGAGAAACAAAGCAGUUUGUACGUUAAUACCACCGUCGAGCCAGCAGAACAACUGAACACUCAGUCAAAUGGCGAUGAAGCUGACGAAGCUCCAAAGGGUUCGGGAGAAACGCUUCCUUUUACUCAAGACUCCUCUUGCUAUGAACAGUUCUCCGAACUCAGAACAGUCCAGUCCGAUUUUAACGCAAAAGUGAACAAAACAAUAUCAGAACUCUCGAUCGAAAUCAGCGAACUGUCAAUCGAAGGCGCAGAUCAGAAGUGUAGAUUUGAUAACAAACUAAAAGAAAUGAAAAUAUGGGUCCUUGAACUAUUCGACACCGUUUAAAGCUUAAAUCGACUUGGCAAUGGAAAAGUUAAACGACAUUUCCAAAGGUCAGAAGUCUCUGGAUAAACAGCUCCAAAGAAUGCAAAAGAAA